CUUGUUUCACUGCCACCACCAUGAGCGAGUUUCAAGUUCACCACGACGAAUCCAGAAGCCAUAUUCUCUCCGAAAAAGCAUUGAAAGAAGGAUGGGAUACAUUUAUCUUCCACACACAACUCAUCCUACCCGGUAAUCUCUUCGUUGGUUUCAACACCGCAGGAUACGGCCUGGAGCGCUCAGACGUUGCGAGGUGGCUCAGUAUCUUGGCCACUAGUAUUCCUUCGAACCCACCAGACAUUUUCUCUUGCGACAUGCAACCUGCAGGGAUCUUACAAUACUUGCCUACCAAUAUGGCAGAAAAACCUGUCAGUUGGACUACGCCAGUUAACUGGACACCGGGAAAUUAUGCUUUCAAAUACUUUCGUUUGGGUGAUGAUUAUCUUUACAACCGCCCUCCCUUGCGAGUCGUGGACUGGUUUUUUGACGACGAGACGCUGUCCGCGAAGGGCAUGACACCUUCCUUCUCGGUCAAACACAAGAAUUCUAAUCUCGAAACAAGUCUGAUAUAUAUCCUUCCCAAUGCCAGCUGGUUCAUUGACGGUAUCAACGAUAGUUCCUCAGAGGAGGUAACCGAUCGACCGAGACAGACCAAACGGCCGUCUCUUUGCUAUGGAACUUCUGGAUGGAGAACCGAUCCAGCGAACGCGAUCAUGUUACCGUCUGCAUUGGUAGAUGACUUCCAUUUAAACAAUUUUGGAUAUGAUAUCGAGGUCAAUCGCUUCAUCGCUUUCCGAGGUAUAUCGCCUGCAUCAGAAGCUCUCCUCCAGGACUGUGAGCUGAAGGCGACGACACCCGGAAAUUCAGACCGGGCAUACAUUGCACGGCACUUCAGGGUAUGCUUAAGGGUACAUUGCCACUAUGGCGAUAUUGGUGCUGAACUCGAUUGGAGUAAAAUUGCGGCGAGAGCCGAGAAGUGGGACAAUGACGGGAUUCCAGAUUCAGAUCGCGAUGUUAUGGACGUCGCUAUCCGUCAGUGGAACCUCCAGACUGCCGCUUACCUCAGUCUCUGUUACUCUGAGGACGAUUCAGAGUAGCUAGUGUUUCUUUCUACA